GGGGAAGCAGUUCGGCGACGUACCGGGUGCUCAGGGCGACAGGGAGAGGUGUGGAAGAUGGAGGUGGAGUGAGUGAGUGGGCUCCAGAGAGCAGCUCCCCCCACCCCCACCCCCCUCCCACCCCCAGAGCCUGCACCCUGCUGAAUCCAGCUCGUCUCCCGUCUCUGUGUCGCGGGCCGGGAGCGCCGCAGCAACUUCCACCCGGCUCAGGCUUUCGAUGGAGCGAGAGGUUGAGCGCGGUGCCAUGGCGGAGGCAGCGGCAAGCGCAUCUUCGACCGUCACCGAGACAGUGGACGGACACCAGGCCACAGACGUGGAGAACCGGAGCCUCACCAUCAGACUGAGAAAGCGCAAGACCAACAAGAAGGUGGAGUGGACGAGCGACACCGUUGACAAUGAACACCUCGGCCGUCGAUCCUCGAAGUGCUGCUGCAUCUACGAGAAGCCGAGGGCGUUCGGCGAGAGCUCAUCAGAGAGCGAGGACGAGGACGGGGGCUGCGGCAACGCCCACUGCGUCCGGGGCCACAAGAAACCAUUCGCGGGGGGGCCGCGCUCCGACCACAACCACGACAGCGAGCACUCCAACCACGGCCUCAGCCAGCCUCCAGAAAACUGAGGGAGGAGGAGGGGGAGGUGGGGUGUGCUG